UAUUGUGUGUGGAGGUGAAAGCAAACGUAAAUUUUAUAUAAUAUUCCAAUAAAACAGUAAGUCACCCAAAAUAAAAAUGUGAAUACUGUUAUAUUAAACAAUUAGUACCUUGUUUAAAAUAUUAGUACUCGUCAAUCUUGAACGCUUCUUGGUGUAUUCACAUUUGAGAGAAUUCCACACAAAAUUAUUAAAUAUUUAUUAUCAUCUAUUUUAUGACAGCUCCGGGACCUAAAUAUCAGCUCAAGGCACUUGUCGGCUACAGGGACCACUGUAUUUCAAGAUAUCGAAAUCCAGCAUAUACGAUUGGCGGUCAUCGUGUCGUCUUCAAAGUGACGGAAAGUCCAGGACCGAUAUACAUGACCGAGGAACGUAGACUCAAAGGAUUUACCUUCGGACAUGUCGCAAAACGUUGCGAAAUUGUGUUCGGGCCUGGUCCGAAGUAUAAGUUGCCGGACGUUCCUCGUGGUCCUUUCUUUUCAAUCAAAUGGAGAACCAAAUUGAGGAAAUCUAGUGAGACGCCAGGACCUUACUACAUCAAACCCAUUGCUGACGCGCCAGCCUUUUCCAUGGGGCUGCCUCCAGUUGCAAAAAAGCCUGCGAUUAGCCCAGGUCCCUAUUCGUACAACUUGGACGUGGUGAAACCGAAAGCACCGAAGUAUACUAUAGCUGGUAGACGAGCAUUACAAUGGAUUUCCGAAGGCCCAGGUCCGAUAUACACCAUCCCACCAUUCAAACCGACCCCCGCUUUUUCGUUUGGUAUAAAACACAGCGAAUGUGCACCACCCUAUAUUACUGAAUGCGAUGAACAGUGCUAAUGCCGAUGAAGGAACCGUUUACAUCGAGUUAUCGGACUCGUAAACGUCUAUUAACAUUAUUGAGUUCACGGAUUGCUAGUAACGACUUGUAAAUCAAAUUAAAUCUUUCUACUUUCACACACACAUAUUCUUAAUUGUUACUGUGUACCUUUGAUUAUUUUAAUAAUGGAUUCAAUAGUAAAUUGGACAAAUCCAAUUGUUCUUUGCAAGAAACACCAGUCAACUCUCCCCCAGUGGAGUGGCUGAACAACUUCCAGUAUUCUUACAGGCUCCAAUGCGAUUAUUGUCACUUUUACAGCACUAUCAUGUUUUAAUUUUUCCUUCAGUUUGCGCCACGGUAGGUUGAUUUGCUGUAAUAGAAUAGAAAAUUCGUAGUUAAGCUGUAUAGUAUUUCAAUCACGUUUGUAAUGCUGACUCCGAGAAAUGGACUGCAUACGCCUCUCCAUAAUUACCUGUAAAAUAUCCUUAUAUUCUGCAGUGCUACAUUGAAUUUCAUAAGGAAAAUUACGAUACAUUUUAAGAUUACAUACUCGGUAAUUUUUCAAUAUUUUUCAUUUCACAUUUCACAUCGAUUUCAUAGUACUUUCAGCAAAGUAUUUCCACUGGAAAACUUUUAUGAGAAAUAACAUACCUUUCUGCAGCAUAUACCGUAUAGCAUCACUUUACGUAUUUUGUAACUUGAUAUCAUAUAAUUGUUUUUGCACAUGCAAUAAAUUAUUACAAUAUAACGAUUACAAUGCUAUGAUUA